AUCUUCGACAUUCUCCCGUGCCCAGCGUUCCCUACACUUUUAUGGUUGCCUUCAGUCCGGCAUUACCAAUUGAGCUGACUAAGUUUCAGCCUUAAUUGACGUAGCAUAUGCAUGCGCCUAUUAGGUAGCACUGCAACGAUUUGACGAUAUUGUGACAGUGCACGUAUAAAAGGCCGAUAUUCCCCGUUUCUCCAAGACAUGACGGAACUCCAACCAUAAACUUCAUAUCCUACCUUCAUUUAAAAUAGUUUCAAGAUGAAGAUUAUCGUCACAGGUUCUACCGGAUUCGUUGGGGGUGAAGUAAUCCGGCAAGCGAUCGCCGACGAGAGGAUCACGCACGUUUUUGCUCUAACCCGCAAGCCACUCGCUGGAGAUUUCGCCAAGAAUCCCAAGCUUACGGUCGUCGAACAUCAAGACUACUCCACCUAUCCACCUGAGCUUCUGGCACAGCUUGCAGGCGCAGAGGCUUGUAUUUGGACCCUUGGAGGUCGUGCGUACCAAUUUCCGGAUGUAGAAACAGCGAGGAAAGUGUCGGUAGACUACACUCUCGCUGCGGCGAAAGCCUUCAUCGAUGAGCUGGCGCCCAAGCUACCGGAGCCUCAAAAGUUCCGCUUUCUGUUCUGCAGCGGAAGGGGGGCUGAGUGGGAUGAGAAGAAGAAUAUGAGAAUGUUCGCCGACACUAGAAGAAUUAAGGGACAAGUCGAGAAAGGCUUAUGCGACCUUGCGGAUGCCAAUAAGGAAAGGUUCGAAACCUGGUCUGUGCGGCCUGGUGCAAUAAUGAAGAGGCAUGCUGGUUUGGUGAACAUACUCACUGCCAACACGUCUGGCUUCAUUGGGGUAGACCAUCUCGCCAAAGCCAUGUUGACGAUUGUCAUCAAUGGCCACAAGGAUCGAAUUAUUGAGGCUGAAGAGCUGCUGAAGCUUUGAAGUACACAGGGAAUGUGCUUUGGAAGUAGCGGAUAUUGUAAUAAUGGUAAUGAUAUUUUUCGAACAAUAUACUCUUCUUAAUGGAAUAAUGGAUAUAAAUUACCUAAUCUCAGGAUCGUAACUAUGUAUGUAUUAUGUUACAUAGCGGACCGAGCCCUCGGAGGGGCUGUUGAGGGCCGAAUUCCGAAUUCAACUCCGGGCUGAACUCCAACCUACUCUCCGGCAAACUAGACCCUUAACACUUACCUAUCUCUCACGGCUCAAAACCGGGGUCCUCAGAUAGGAGUACGUACUUGUCAACUCAGGGGUUCAGGGGUCGGGGUUAAAUGUUUCUGUGAUGACUAAUCCGGGACUCAAACUAAAGAAAAUGCAGGCAGAACUCGCUUUAGACUAAGUUAAUCCUUUUUCGACCAAAUACCGGAUCUGAG